CGUCGGUUGAGCGUGUCUGUUAAGCUCGAUGCGUGCCAAGCAGAUUAUUUUUAACAAUUUUUUUCCUUUUUUUUUAUCCUUUUGGCUGCAAGGCCGUGCCGACUACGGGUCAAGAUUUUGACAAAACCGACGCCUCAUCCGUCAAUCCUCCCCAAAAUUCCCGUCCUUGCUUGAACCGCCACCACGGCAGACGCCCCUCCGCCCCCCCUCCUCCGUUCCGCGCCCUCCGUUGCGACGACACCCACCGCCCGAUACCGACGACAGUACUCUUGGCCGACACAAUCGAUUCCUUUGGUGUGAAGUUCGAUUGAUACACAGGCUUCGACCCGCGGUGUUGCGCAAAAAGGCUAGGGCCAGGUCCCAGACACGAGGAAAUAGAGCAACUGGCUACAUUUAUAUCGCAGCCGCCGUUCGCAUUGCGUCACCUCGCUGCUGCCCUUUUUAAUUGAACCGCUCGGUGUCUGUGGAAUACACCUGUAUUGGUCCGCAUCGCCCGUCGCCGACCCUUCCUCUCUACCCUGCCGUCUUUUCCAAGGACGGUCCCAGGAGCCCUUCAAGCUGGCUCUUAGCGCAGGAGCAUCGGAGGCUGUGGCUUCCAAAAUGACCCAGCCAAACGCUAUCGAUGAGGAGGAUUACGACUAUGAGUCGCUCCCGCCCAACUUCUCGCUCAUCCAGAAUAUGGCCGCCGGCGCCUUUGCUGGCAUCGCCGAGCACUGCGCCAUGUAUCCCAUCGAUGCUGUUAAGACCCGUAUGCAAAUUGUGAACUCGAACCCUUCCGCGGUCUAUCAUGGCGUCAUCCAGAGCACCUAUCGAAUUGCUUCGACCGAGGGCAUCUUCAGCUUGUGGCGCGGCAUGUCCAGCGUCAUUGCCGGAGCCGGCCCUGCGCACGCCGUUUACUUUGCGACUUACGAAGCGGUCAAGCACUUGAUGGGCGGUAACAAGGUUGGCGAGCAUCAUUUCCUCGCUGCUGCCACUAGCGGUGCUUGCGCGACCAUCGCCAGUGAUGCCCUGAUGAACCCCUUCGAUGUGAUCAAGCAGCGCAUGCAGAUCCAGAACUCCGCCAAGAUGUAUCGCUCCAUGCUCGACUGCGCCAAGUAUGUUUACCGGAACGAGGGUCUCGGGGCUUUCUACGUCUCGUACCCCACCACGCUGUCGAUGACCGUCCCUUUCACCGCGCUUCAGUUCCUAGCCUAUGAGUCGAUAUCAACCUCGAUGAACCCCACCAAGAAGUACGACCCAGCGACACACUGCCUUGCUGGCGCCGUAGCUGGCGGCUUCGCAGCCGCGCUUACGACGCCUAUGGAUGUGAUUAAGACCAUGCUGCAGACCAGAGGCGCGGCUCAGGACGCUGAGGUCAGAGCCGUGAACGGCUUUGUGGCGGGGUGUAAGCUGCUGUACAGGAGAGAGGGUGUCAAAGGCUUCUUCAAGGGCUUGAAGCCCAGAGUGUUGACCACCAUGCCGAGCACGGCCAUCUGCUGGUCGGCAUAUGAGGCGUCUAAGGCCUACUUCAUUCACCAAAACAGCCAGUCAUGAAAUGCGGCUGACCUACGGAGCGGAGGCCAUUUGACAGCCAGGAUCAGCAAAACUUGACAUCCUCGGAUAUUCAUGCACGGCGUUAGAGGAUAAAAGAAAGACACUGCCUCCAUUCCAGCGUAUGAAACCAAUCAGACGCGAGGUGGAGGAAGCCCAACACCACUCAAACUCGCUCACUUGCGGGGAUUCAAUGUCCAUUCAUUCGCCCUUGGCGUCCGUCUGAGAACGGGCAAAUGCCUGGGCGCGUUGGCCACGACGGCGCACUGCGGAACGGGGUACUCAGAGGCUGGGACGGGCACAAGGUGUCCUUCACCCUAGCCAGGAACAAUGGGGUUUUGCGCAAUUACAAGCGACUACGAGGAUACAAAGUAAAAACAAGGAACACCAAAUCCAACUAUGCACGUAAUGUAACUUUGUUUCCUUGUCUUCUGCUGUUUUAUACUCCUCGCACAAAUUGUUUCCAGGGGUUCCUUUGUUCACCCACAAAGGCAUGGGUUGUACCGAACCUGAGAGAUGCAGGCUGUUAGUGCGUUGUGCUUUUGGUGGUGUGAUUGGUGAGGCAAAAGCAAAGCCUGGUGUGCUGCUAGUCUGUCCUAGGUCUUCAACAACCAGAUCGCAGUUAUGUAUUGAUGGCGAGGUAGUGUGGAAUUACGGUGGCUGUGUGUAAAAAUCAGUUCCUUGGUCAUCACGGGUGUUCAUAUCUUCUUACCGUUUAUAUACCACAUACGAGUUAUGGCUUAGGCUUGUAUUGUAUGACAUCGGAGACAACCAUGAUUUGCAUUUGGCCAAGAUUUUUUUUUUUGGUGGGAACUAAAUGGCCAGCUGUACCUAUCGUCUUCCAUCUGCAUUCUAAUAACCACCUGCAACAAAAUGAGGAAGAUUAAGACAUUGUGAUGUCGCAAAAUACCGAAAAGCCGG